AUGGAUCAACUUGAAUUGGACAUGAUAGGGAAGAAUUCCCCGAUGUGGCAGGACAAGGCCUCGCAGAAGAUAGGAGGUGGUCCUUUCCGUAAAGCUGCCAAUUUUGCGAGGCAGAUCCACUCGGGGAUGACUGUCGGGUGUCCCAUAGUUCGUCUUGGGUUCGUCGUACGUGUGUUAAGUUCGGUUUGCUGUCGGGAAGGUAUCGCUGUGAGAGACUACCCCAGAGCUUUUGUAGCGGGAGUGGGAGAUGGAAGUAAGCUCAGUCAAGAUGAAGCUGGUGGUCUACUUGCUACUAUUGGCAUAGAUGGAGGAUGCCUCAGGUACCAGGCGUAUACUGGGCAUAUUUUGCUAAAAACACGAGUAUCUGCACAUAGCCCGCGAUAG